AUGUCUCUUUCAGCAUCCAAAUUCAUUCUUAGCAAUGGUAACGCAAUUCCCGCUGUUGCUUUAGGCAUUGGUGCCAAACAUUUUAAACACGGCCACAACGAGUUGGACAGGCAAUUAAUUGGUACCUUGGAGCUAGCAUUGAAGGGUGGUAUUACCCAUAUUGAAGGUGCUGGGUCCUAUGGAACCAAUGAAGAAAUCGGAAUGGCUUUGAAAAACUCAAUGGUUAAAAGGAACGAAGUUUUUAUCACUGCCGAGUACUUUCCCAGCGAAGACAAGCAUCUUAAACAUCACAACCCUUAUGAAGAAUUGAAAGCCAAUUUGAAGGACUUGGGUUUGACAUAUGUUGAUUUGUAUCUCCUCCAUCAAGAAGUUUCCAAUGGCGGCCCUGCUUUACUUAAACAGUGGAGUCAUAUGGAAAGAUUAAAAGACGAAGGUUUCGCUCACAGCGUCGGUGUGUCAAAUUUUGGCAUUGAAGAUUUGAAACAGUUAUUGAACUCAAAGACUAAAUGGAAACCAGUAGUCAACCAAAUCGAAUUCAAUCAUUAUUUGCAUGAUGAUACUCCUGGCAUUGCUGAAUUUUGUCAAGAACAAGGCAUCUUGGUGGAGGCUUAUGCUGUCGUCAUUCAAAAGGGGUUAUUGCCCAUCACCACAACUUCAAAGGAGGAAAAUAUGGAAGACAUUGUUGGUGUUGUCAACUUUGAAUUGGAAGAGGAAGAUGUGGAACAAAUAACACAAGUUGCAAGAAAGAGGAUUCAUUUUAAGUAG